GAAGGUGUGUGAGAGAGAGAUGGCCAGGAAAGAGAGCUCGAGCGAGAGAACUUACAUGUGCCCUCUCUCCCUCAGUCCGUGCCACCCCAGGGUGGGAAUGCUAAGACAGACAGGCGGUUUAUUUUUGGGUCAGUGACAGUGUGUCAAUGGCCGCAGAUGCGUCGCAAAGGAAGGCUCUGAGAUACCAGCAGACUGUGCUAUAUGGAGAGUACAGGGAGCACCCUGGUGGGUCCCAGAGGAGAGAGGCCACUCGCCUUCUGAUGGAGAGACAGCGGAAAAAACAUGGACAUCACCACCACGGACACCACCUUCACAGUCACCACGGGCGCAGUCACAGCCGGAGCCGUCAUCAGGACCGCCACCAAGUGGAGCUGGAUGUAGGCUGUGUUCAUGACCGGCAGGAGGAGGAGCAGGGCCACACAUCUUCCUUCAAGAAACGCAGAUCCUACUCCAAGUGCAGAGACUGUGUGGCUCGAGUACAGAAGUUCCUCGUCUCGAAAUUGGGAGAAGACUGGAUCUUUCUGGUGUUGUUGGGUAUAACCAUGGCGUUAGUUAGCUGGACCAUGGAUUAUGCUAGUGCCAAGAGUCUACAAGCCUAUAAGUGGUUUUAUGGGGAGUUGAGGGGAAAUAUCCCACUGCAGUACCUGGUCUGGGUCUUCUAUCCCAUGGUGCUCAUCCUGUUUGCGUCCCUCUUCUGUCACCUGGUCGCUCCUCAGGCCAUUGGCUCUGGUAUUCCAGAGCUGAAAACCAUACUCAGAGGUGUUGUGCUGAAGGAGUAUUUGACACUCAAGGCAUUUAUUGCGAAGGUGGUGGGACUCACUGCUGGCCUGGGCAGUGGUAUGCCGGUUGGCAAAGAGGGUCCCUUUGUUCACAUUGCCAGUAUCUGUGCAGCUGUGCUCAGCAGGUUUAUGUCUUUCUUCUCUGGAGUCUAUCAGAGCCCAUAUUGUUAUACAGACAUCCUCACAGUGGGCUGUGCUGUGGGGGUCGGAUGCUGUUUUGGGACCCCUCUUGGAGGUGUUUUGUUCAGCAUUGAAGUCACAUCGACCUAUUUUGCUGUGAGAAACUACUGGAGGGGAUACUUUGCUGCCACUUUCAGUGCUUUUAUUUUCAGAGUGCUGUCUGUGUUUAAUAAGGAUGCAGUUACCAUCACUGCUCUCUUCCGCACCAACUUCCGCAUGGAUUUUCCUUUCGACUUGCAGGAGCUCCCGGCGUUCGCCAUUAUUGGGAUCUCUUGUGGGUUCCUGGGAGCUUUCUUCGUUUACCUGAACCGCCAAGUUGUCCUGUUCAUGAGAAGACCGAACAUUCUCACACGAUUCCUUACAAAACACCGGCUGAUUUUCCCUGCUGUUGUGACCUUAGUGGUUACGACACUGACAUUCCCUCCAGGCUUUGGGCAGUUCAUGGCUGGAGAGCUAAUGCCCAGAGAGUGCAUCAACUCUCUGUUUGAUAACUUCACCUGGACUAAAAUAUGGGGUUCCUCUCCUCCUCCUGGUCUCGGCCGCUCUGCUGUGUGGUUUCACCCUGAUGUCAGCAUCUUUGUCAUUCUUAUUCUUUUCUUUAUCAUGAAGUUCUGGAUGUCUGCAGUUUCCACCACGAUGCCCAUCCCGUCUGGAGCUUUCAUGCCUGUCUUUGUUUUGGGUGCCGCAUUCGGUCGUUUAGUGGGUGAGAUCAUGGCUACUCUCUUUCCUCACGGUAUCCUGUUUGAUGGAAUACUGUACCGCAUCAUCCCUGGAGGGUACGCUGUCAUUGGUGCGGCGGCGCUGACGGGUGCUGUCACUCACACCGUUUCUACGGCGGUGAUCUGCUUCGAGCUGACCGGUCAGAUCUCUCACAUCCUUCCCAUGAUGGUGGCCGUCAUCCUGGCCAACAUGGUAGCGCAGGGCCUGCAACCGUCGCUAUACGACUCCAUCAUCCAGGUGAAGAAGCUGCCCUAUCUCCCCGAGCUGGGCUUCGGUCACAUAAGCCAGUAUAACAUCUUUGUGGAGGACAUCAUGGUGAGGAAAGUGAAGUUUUUAUGUUCCCAAUCGACAUACAGAGAAGUGCUGCAUUUGCUGGACUCAACCUCUUUAAAAACCUUCCCGCUGGUCGACUCAAAAGAAUCUAUGAUUCUAUUGGGCAGCAUUGAGAGGUCUGAGCUUCUCGCCCUCUGUGAUUGGUGGCUGUCAGCAGAGAGGCGGAUCUUAACACAAGGACAGAGCUCACAAGGUCAAGUGCCUUGUGCCAGAAUCAGCUGGGAGUCCUUUGCUUUUGUUGAUGAGGAUGAAGAGGAGAAUGAAGAUGACAAGACGAUACCAGUUCAAGAAGAAAGAAACGGUCCUGUGCCUCCACCCAAACCUUCAGAACCAUCCACCAAUCACACGUCUCCCGAUAAGGGUCCUUCCCCGUCUUUCGGGAGAAUUUUACGUAACUUCUUUUCAUCCUCUUCAGAACGACACACAGAAGGUCAGCCACAGGAGCCUUAUCCUCCACCUUUAACUGACACGAUGACACCAGAACAGAUCAAAGCCUGGGAGGAGACCGAGAUGGACAAACCUCUGGAUAUCGAUCAGAUCAGAAUAGAUCCCUCCCCCUUCCAGCUGGUUGAGAGAACAUCACUACAUAAGACCCAUACCCUGUUCUCUCUGCUGGGCCUCAGUCAUGCCUAUGUAACCAAUACUGGAAAACUAGUGGGAGUCGUGGCACUGAAAGAGCUCCAAAAAGCUAUCGAGGGCUCCACGCGCAGUGGCGUACGCUUGCGCCCCCCUCUGGCCAGUUUUCGCGACACAAUUCGUAAAGCUUCGAAGCGCCCCCAGGCCUCCUCCCCUCCGUCCUCCCCCAGCUCCACCACAGCUCCUUCCUCGCCUCUGUCUGCACCCGUGGUCCCUCAAGUCCAUUCCCCCGGCCCGGCGGCCCCAGCGCAGCAGAAGAAGGAGAUGGAGGUGUGGAUUGAGGGCGUGAAGCGGGAGGUGAUCGUGGGGAACAGCAGCAGCACGACGACCGGAAGCAGUAGUGGCAGCGGUAGCAGGACAGGAAGCAGUGACAGUGAGACAGGAAGUCCCGAUAGUAGCCCGACCCUACCCCCGUCGUCUCCUCCACCCCCCAUCCCUCUCUCCACCCUGCAGCCCGUCCCGGAGAACAAGGAGGGUGAAGAAAACGAGGACGAGGAGCCCCUUUAGAACAAGUAAAGUUUGUUUGUUUGUUUUUCUUUUAUUUAAGGUGUGAUCAGUGUAUUUAUGUUCACACUAUUUUUAUAUAACAAUUUCAUGUUUUUUAUUCAUGUGCUCAUUUCAGAGGUUUAAAAAUGUCUGUUCUUUUCCUGAAUUAGACUCAGUUUCUCUCUUCUGCUUCCCUUUCCUCUAUUCUCUUUCUCUUUUUCCUAUCUUUACAUUUCUGUAAAUAAUUUGAUUUCGCUUUUUUAUUUCUUCAUCUUCUUCUUUUUACUUUUCCAAGAGGAAAAGAACAUUUACAAUUUUUUUUAGAGGAAGAAGAAACAUAAGAAGACAAGAGUUCUCUUCUUAUUUCUUCUCUUCUUCUGCUCUAGAAUUGUCUGUAAAUUUUGUUUUCCUUUUUCUACUAUUUCCUCUACAUUUUUUCUUCCUCUUUUUCUACUUACAUUUUCCCUUUUGUUUCUCUUUCUUCUGUAAAUAAAUGUCAUCUCUUCCACUUGCUCUUCCUCCUCUUUUCCUUUUACUCCAAAAUAAUCUGUAAAUAUCAACAGCCCUAGUAGAAAUAUAAAUCAUGAGAUUGCAUUCAAAUAGGUGCUUUUUUUAUCCCCAAUAACACACAGUUUUUUCACUGUGUUCCCUUGACAUUCAGUGGUUUAAUGUAAUACUGACUUUUCAGUGAGACUGCAAAAAAAAAACAUAAAUGAGGAUUCUUCAAACAUUUACCGGUUAUAUAUUUUAAAAAAAUAUUCUACUGGAGCACCAAAACAUUACUGACAUAAUAUUGAACCAGGUUUACAUGUUGAGAACAUUAAUUCAGACCUCAUAAAUACACUUGAAGUCUUCAUACACCUGGAUCAUUUAAAAUGAAGCCUUUAUAAAGGGUUUGUGAACCAGUUUAUGUUAUAAAAUAUAAAAAAUCGACUUCCAACAAAGAAUAUUUUUACUGCAUUCUGAAGCAGUGGUCAAAAAUAUCUUAAAAACAAAGCAUGACCAGCAGGUGGCACAUCCUGGACCUUUUCAGAAUCUGAACCUUCCUUUGGAACUUAUUUCCCUUCCACUUAUACAUUUUUCAGCUAUUUUAAAUUCAAGGUGUGAGUACUGUCCUUUCUUAAUGAAACCCUUUAUGUCCCCCCUUCAUCUAUCCAUCUUUUUUUUUUCUGAAAACUCUCUCAGGUGUCUCUCAUGUCUUUAAACCAAGGACUCUGUUGUUUAUGAACAAUUUAUGUUUGGUUCAUGUGAUAUGCUGUUUUCUUUUAAAUGUGAUUUUAUGUGUGUUCAGUCUGUGAGCAAUAACUACUUGCCUCCAUUUUUGUUUGUUUGUUUUUGUCAUAUUUAUUAAUUUAUUUAUUCGUUAAUCUCUUUCCUUCUUGGCGUGAUGAGAUAUCGACAGACAAAUGUUUGAUUCAUAGCUUUGAAACGUUGUUUUUGUCUCGUAUCUUCCAGAACUUAAUAACAAUUCAAUAAACAGUGAUACAUUUGAAUUAAAA